AUGCCGCUCAUCGCGCCCGGCGUCACGUCUGCCUCGGCCGACAAGACCGAGGAGUGGACAAACAAGCUCUCGGGCAAGAAGCUGCACGACUCCGAGUCCAAUGCCGAGUGCUUCUGCAAAAAGGACCUGCCCCAGGAGCAUCGCAUCGUCGCGCCCGGCGCCAUGGUGACAAAGGACCUCAACGAGAACCGCCUCAAUGUCUACCUCAACGAGGACGGCAUCGUCACCCACGUCGGGCACGGCUAG